AUGUCUGCUGUUGUCCCAACUUGUCCAGUCACACAUCCACUUGAAGUAGUCGGUGACCGUCUAGUCACCUUAGAACUACAAGAUGGUGUCACUUUGCAAGGUUAUUCCUUUGGUGCCGAGAAGCCAGCGGCUGGUGAAUUAGUCUUUCAAACUGGUAUGGUCGGUUACCCUGAAUCGUUAACCGAUCCAUCCUACGAAGGUCAAAUCUUGGUCAUUACCUAUCCUUUGGUUGGUAACUAUGGUGUUCCAGAUAUGACUUUAGAAGAUGAAUUAGUUGCUGGUCUUCCAAGAUAUUUUGAAAGUAAUAGAAUCCAUGUUGCUGGUCUAGUCGUCUCUCAUUACACCGAAGCUUACUCUCAUUACUUAGCUAACUCAUCUCUAUCCCAGUGGUUAAAGAGAGAAGGUAUUCCAGCCGUAUAUGGUGUCGAUACAAGAAACUUGACUAAACAUUUAAGAGAUUCUGGUUCUAUGCUAGGUAGAUUGGCUUUACAAAAGUCUAAUGCUAACUUAGAUUUAGCUACCACCGAAAACUGGAAAUCUUGCUUCGAUGUUCCAGAAUGGAUUAAUCCAAAUGUUGAGAAUUUGGUUGCCAAGGUUUCUACAAAGGAACCAAAACUAUACACUCCACCGACGGAUAAUAAGCAAGUCGAUAUUCAAACUGGACCAGAUGGUAAAGUUUUAAGAAUUAUCGCCAUCGAUGUCGGUAUUAAGUACAAUCAAAUCCGUUGUUUUAUCAAGAGAGGUGUUGAACUAAAGGUUGUUCCAUGGGAUUACGAUUUUACUACAGAAGAAUAUGAUGGUCUAUUUAUCUCCAACGGUCCAGGUGAUCCAUCUACUCUAGCCGAUGUUGCUAAGAGACUUGAUUCAGUAGUUCAGGCUAAAAAGACUCCAAUUUUCGGUAUCUGUUUCGGUCAUCAAUUACUAGCCAGAUCCACAGGUGCUGAAACUACUAAGAUGAUAUUCGGUAACCGUGGUCAAAACAUUCCAUGUACAUCUACCAUCAGUGGUCGUUGUUACAUUACUUCACAAAAUCAUGGUUUCGCUGUUGAUGUCGACACUUUACCCGAAAAUUGGGAACCUCUUUUUGUCAACGCUAACGAUGGUUCAAAUGAAGGUAUCUACCAUAAGGAAUUGCCAUACUUCUCUGUCCAAUUCCAUCCAGAAUCUACUCCAGGUCCAAGAGAUACAGAGUUUUUGUUUGAUGUCUUCAUAAAUGCUGUCAAAGAAUAUAAGGAAACCAAGGUGUUAAAACCAAUUUCAUUCCCAGGUGGUCUAUUGAAGGACAACUUAGAGGCCCAUCCAAGAUUACAACCAAAGAAGGUUCUUGUUCUUGGUUCUGGUGGUCUAUCCAUUGGUCAAGCUGGUGAGUUCGAUUAUUCUGGUUCUCAAGCUAUUAAAGCCCUUAAGGAAGAAGGUAUCUACACUAUCCUGAUAAAUCCAAAUAUUGCUACAAUUCAAACAUCGAAGGGUUUGGCUGAUAAGGUCUACUUCUUACCAGUUACCACCGAAUUUGUUAGAAAGGUUAUUCUACAUGAACGUCCUGAUGCUAUCUAUGUCACAUUUGGUGGUCAAACAGCUCUAUCUGUAGGUAUUGAAAUGAAAGAUGAAUUCGAAUCUCUAGGUGUUCAAGUAUUAGGUACUCAAAUCGACACUAUUAUUACAACCGAAGAUCGUGAAUUGUUUGCUAAUGCUAUUGAUGAAAUUAAUGAAAAAUGUGCCAAAUCUGAGGCCGCUAACUCUGUUGAAGAGGCUUUAGCUGCUGUGAAAAGGAUUGGUUUCCCAGUUAUCGUUCGUGCUGCCUAUGCUCUUGGUGGUUUAGGUUCCGGUUUCGCUAAUAAUGAAAAGGAAUUAUCAGAUCUAUGUAACGUUGCGUUUGCUUCUUCUCCUCAAGUUCUAGUUGAAAGAUCCAUGAAAGGUUGGAAAGAAGUUGAAUAUGAAGUUGUUCGUGAUGCUUUCGACAACUGUGUUACUGUUUGUAAUAUGGAAAAUUUCGAUCCAUUGGGUAUUCAUACUGGUGAUUCUAUUGUCGUUGCUCCAUCUCAAACUUUAUCCGAUGCUGAUUACAACAUGUUGAGAACGACCGCUGUUAACGUCAUUAGACAUUUGGGUGUGGUUGGUGAAUGUAACAUUCAAUACGCUCUAAAUCCAUUUUCCCAAGAAUACUGUAUUAUUGAAGUCAACGCAAGAUUGUCUCGUUCUUCUGCUUUAGCUUCUAAGGCGACUGGUUACCCAUUGGCUUACACUGCAGCUAAAUUAGGUUUGAAUAUUCCAUUAGACAAGGUUAAGAAUUCUAUUACUCAAUCAACCUGUGCUUGUUUCGAACCAUCUCUUGAUUACUGUGUUGUGAAGAUGCCUAGAUGGGAUUUGAAGAAGUUCUCCAGAGUCUCCACAGAAUUAUCCUCUUCGAUGAAGUCUGUUGGUGAAGUUAUGAGUAUCGGUAGAACUUUCGAGGAAGCUAUCCAAAAGGCUAUUAGAUCUACUGAAUAUGUGAAUCUAGGUUUUAACGAAACUGAACUAGAAGUCGAUAUUGAUUAUGAAUUAGAAAAUCCAUCUGAUUUGAGAAUAUUUGCUAUUGCUAAUGCCUUCAGUCAAUUAGGUUACUCUGUUGAUAAGGUUUGGGAAAUGACAAACAUCGACAAAUGGUUCUUGCAAAAGUUAUAUGACUUAAUAAUUUUCGGUAAGAAAAUCACGGAUAUUGGUGCUAUUGAGGAGCUUCCAAGUGACCUAUUAAGAGAAGCUAAACAAUGCGGUUUUGAUGAUAGACAAAUUGCUAAGUUCCUAAACUCCAAUGAAGUUGCUAUUCGUCGUCUAAGAAAAGAAUUAGGUAUUACGCCAUUUGUUAAACAAAUCGAUACUGUUGCUGCUGAAUUCCCAGCUCAUACAAACUAUUUAUAUAUGACUUACAAUGCUUCUGCUCAUGAUUUGACUUUCGAAGAUCAUGGUGUUAUGGUUCUAGGUUCUGGUGUCUACCGUAUCGGUUCCUCCGUUGAAUUUGAUUGGUGUGCUGUUACUACAGUUAGAACUUUGCGUGCUAAUAACUAUAAGACCAUUAUGAUUAAUUAUAAUCCUGAAACAGUCUCUACUGAUUAUGAUGAAGCCGAUAGAUUGUAUUUUGAAACAAUUAACCUAGAAAGAAUUUUGGAUAUUUACGAAAUAGAAAAUUCUCAAGGUGUGGUUGUUUCUAUGGGUGGUCAAACCUCUAACAAUAUUGCUAUGACUCUACACCGUGAAAAUGUUAAGGUCCUAGGUACUUCCCCAGAUAUGAUCGACUCCGCUGAAAACCGUUACAAGUUCUCGCGUAUGUUGGAUCAAAUUGGUGUUGAUCAACCUGCUUGGAAAGAAUUGACAUCCAUGGAUGAAGCCGGUGGUUUUGCGGAAAAGGUUGGUUAUCCAGUCCUAGUUCGUCCAUCUUACGUUCUAUCCGGUGCUGCUAUGAACACUGUCUACUCUAAGAAUGAUUUGGAAUCUUAUCUAAGACAAGCUGUUGAAGUUUCUCGUGAUUACCCAGUCGUCAUUACUAAAUAUAUUGAAAAUGCCAAAGAAAUUGAAAUGGAUGCUGUUGCAAGAAAUGGUGAAUUAGUUAUGCAUGUUGUUUCUGAGCAUGUUGAAAAUGCAGGUGUUCAUUCUGGUGAUGCAACUUUGAUUGUUCCUCCUCAAGAUUUAGCCAAGGAAACUGUUGACAGAAUUGUUGUUGCUACUGCUAAGAUUGGUAAGGCCUUAAAGAUUACUGGUCCAUAUAACAUUCAAUUUAUUGCUAAAGAUAAUGAGAUUAAGGUUAUUGAAUGUAAUGUUCGUGCCUCUCGUUCCUUCCCAUUUAUCUCCAAGGUAGUUGGUGUUAAUUUAAUCGAAUUAGCUACUAAGGCGAUUAUGGGUCUUCCAUUUGAUCCUUAUCCAGUUGAAAAGCUACCGGAUGAUUAUGUUGCUGUUAAGGUACCACAAUUUUCUUUCCCACGUCUUGCUGGUGCAGACCCUGUUUUAGGUGUUGAAAUGGCUUCCACUGGUGAAGUCGCUACCUUCGGUCAUUCCAAAUAUGAAGCUUAUCUAAAGUCCUUAUUGGCAACUGGUUUCAAGUUACCAAAGAAGAAUAUUCUAUUGUCCAUUGGUUCUUUCAAAGAAAAACAAGAAUUGUUACCAGCUAUCCAAAAACUAUACAAUAUGGGUUAUAAGCUAUUUGCUACUGCUGGUACUGCUGAUUUCAUUACUGAGCAUAAUAUGUCUGUCCAAUAUUUGGAAGUUUUAAACCAAAAUGAUGAUGAAAAGGCAGAGUAUUCGUUGACUCAGCAUUUAGCUAACAAUAACAUUGAUCUUUAUAUUAACUUACCUUCUGCUAAUAGAUUCCGUCGUCCUGCAUCUUACGUUUCUAAGGGUUAUCAAACUCGUCGUAUGGCUGUCGAUUACUCCGUUCCACUGGUUACCAAUGUCAAAUGUGCUAAGUUAUUGAUUGAAGCUAUUUCAAGACAUUUAAAGCUAGAUGUAUCUGAACGUGAUGCUCAAACAUCUCACAGAACUGUUACUAUUCCAGGUUUGAUUAAUAUUGCUACCUAUGUUCCAAACGUCUCAAAUAUUGUUGACGGUCCAAAAGAAUUGAAAGAAACAAGUCGUUUGUUCCUAGAAUCUGGUUUUACAUAUUGCCAAAUUAUGCCAAGAGCAUUCAGAGGUCCAGUCAUCACAGAUAGUAUUUCCUUAAGAGCUGCUCUUUCUGCUUCCACUGGUGCAUCAUACACCGAUUUUGGUUUGACAGUUGCAGGCACUCCAAAUAAUAUUGAUCUUGUUGGUCAAACUUCCUCUGAUGUUAGUGCAUUAUUCCUUCCAUACCAUGAAUUGAAGAACAAGGUUUCUGAGGUUAGUAAAUUAUUACAAAAUUGGCCAACUGAUAAACAAAUUAUUGCUGAAGCCAAGACUUCAGAACUUGCAUCUAUUCUACUAUUAGCUUCGUUACAAAACAGAUCCAUCCAUAUUACUGGUGUCUCUAACAAAGAAGAUUUGGCUUUGAUUAAGACUGUUAAGGAGAAGGAUUCCAGAGUUACUUGUGAUAUCAACGUUUAUUCAUUAUUCAUUUCUCAAGAACAAUAUCCAGAGGGUGUCUUCCUACCGACUAAUGAAGAUCAAGAAUUCUUUUGGGAAAAUCUUGAUUCUAUUGAUGCCUUUUCUAUCGGAUCUCUGCCAACAAACUUGGCUGCAAUUACUGGUCACAAAAUUGAAAUUGGUUUAGGUAUUAAAGAUGCAUUGCCAUUGUUGCUAACUGCUGUUCAUGAAGGUAAGUUGAGUGUUGCUGAUAUUGUCUUACGUUUACAUGAUAAUCCAAUAAAGAUCUUCAACCUUCCAGAACAAGAUGCUGUUGUUGAAAUUGACUUAGAUUAUGUCGUCACUGAUACAAAGAGAUGGUCUCCACAUACAGGUGUUUCAUUAUCCGGUGGUAUUGAACGUGUUAUUGUAAAGGACGAAACUGUUGUUCUAAGCGGUGAAUUAGUUGAUGAAAAACCAUCGGGUGUUCAUGUUAUUUUGGGUGCCUCUAACGCUGCUCCAACUGUUGUUGAAGCUCAAAAGACUAUCGGGUUUAUGAAAGAUAAGAGAUUUUCUUUCUCAGCUGAAAGACCAAAACUUUUUGAUAGUGUUGAGUCUGCUGAAGAUGCUAUUGUUGAGCCACCUACUCUAGAACAAAGAUUGAUGUCUUCUAAACCUCCAAGAGAAUUAACUGCGCCAACUGCUCUAGAUAAUUUAAUUCGUGGUAAAAAUCCAUUCCAAGGUAGACAUAUUUUAUCCAUCAAGCAAUUUAAUCGUUCUGAUCUCCACGCUUUGUUUGCUGUUGCUCAAGAACUAAGAGCUGCUGUUGCCAGAGAAGGUGUUUUGAACAUCAUGAAGGCCCAUGUUCUAACUACCAUUUUCUAUGAACCUUCUACACGUACCUGUUCUUCUUUCAUUGCUGCUAUGGAACGUCUAGGUGGUAGAGUUGUUAACAUUAAUCCAAAUGUUUCUUCGGUUAAGAAGGGUGAAACCCUACAAGACACUGUUAGAACCUUGGCCAGUUACACUGAUGCUAUUGUUAUGCGUCAUUCUGAUGAAAUGUCUGUUCAUAUUGCUGCUAAGUACUCUCCAGUCCCAAUUAUUAACGGUGGUAAUGGUUCUCGUGAACAUCCAACUCAAGCUUUCUUAGAUUUAUUCACAAUUAGAGAAGAAAUUGGUACUGUCAAUGGUAUUACUGUUACAUUUAUGGGUGAUUUGAAGCACGGUAGAACUGUCCAUUCUCUAUGUCGUUUACUAAAGCAUUAUCAAGUUAGAAUUAACUUAGUUUCUCCAAGUGAAUUGAGACUACCAGACUCCCUAAAACAAGAAUUGUUUGAGGCUAAUAUGCUAGGUGUUGAAAGUUUGGAAUUGACCCCAGAUAUCAUCUCUAAGUCUGAUGUUUUGUACUGUACAAGAGUCCAAGAAGAAAGGUUCAAGGAUAAGGCUGAAUAUCAACGUUUAAAGGAUGUCUACAUUGUUGACAACAGAAUCCUAGCCCACGCAAAGCAAAAUAUGGCUAUCAUGCAUCCAUUGCCUCGUGUUAACGAAAUCAAGGAAGAAGUUGACUACGAUCAUCGUGCUGCUUACUUCAGACAAAUGAAAUAUGGUUUAUAUGUAAGAAUGGCCUUAUUGGCUAUGGUCUUGGGUAUUGAUCCAUAA